AGUGAGCGUGUAUGAUCCGGUGAUGCUGGCUCGGCGCAGGGCAUCGCAAGUCAUGAUGUCACAGAAAAGACGCAAGGAGCUAGAGAAGAAAAAGCAAAGGGUUAAAUUCAGGUUCCUGCCACAACUUGAACAGGAAUAUGCUGAAGUGCUAAAAAAGGCUGCACGACAGCCAAAGCCCACUGCCAGCGCCCAGCAGACCUCCAGAAUGGAAGCACGCUUGAAGCACGCUCAGACUGAGGCGAGACGGCUCCAGGUGCUGAUGGCCUCCAAGCGCAAGGAGGUCGAAGCUGAAAUUUGGAGCGAGUACGAGCAGUGCACACAGAGGCAGAGCACGGAGAGGAGCCAGAACCCCUUCCACCGUCUGCUGGAGGGUGACCCUCGUCCUGCCUAUAUCGUGAGACGGGACUACGACCGGCAGCUGGGAGAGAGGCUGAAGGGGAAGGACAGGUGCCACAGCCCUGCAGGGCAGACAGCACCAGAGGGGUGGCAGAACAAGCCACAGCUCCCGGGGACAUCACGGGAACAGAAAGGAGAGAAGACGAGGCUCUUGGACCGCCGUGGGAAGGCCCAGGGCCUGCCAACUCCGCUAGGAAGCUGCCAGGCGGCUUCCAGCUCCAGUGGCCGUAGCCAUCAUGGCCUACACCAAAACGCUGCUUCAGGCGCCAGCAACUGCACCCGGGCGCACUCAGGCAGAACCUCCCACCGCUGCACACUGCCAUCUUUGUAGGGGGAGAGCUCGGGGAGAGCUGUCAGCAGCGGGGGCGAGGGACACCUUUCCAAAAAUAACAUCUUCAAACAAAUAAAGAGAAAUUAACAUCUUCUGUAGUGUUUGCCUUACAUGAUUGCUUUGCACGUGCAAAUUGCAUUGCUUCAGCAGUUACUUCAGAGUCUCAGCAAAGCGGCAUUCUGCCUAGGGAAGGUUGUUAUUCCCAGAUAAGCGGGACAUCUGAAGUCUAAAAGCAGAGUCUCAACAUUCCACAGGCUGUGGGACUUACGCUGAACCCUGCUAGGCUUGAUAAUGGAGGCCCUGUAUCAAGUGAUCACUAGAAACUAGUCCACUGACGGUGUUUUGUUAAAAUGUUCUGGACCUGACCUACUUAGCACACAAACUUUUGGCCAGAGAGCACCUCCCAGUGGAACCCCACGGCCACCAAAGAGCCCCUGCAAGAACCCCAUAUUGCUGCUGUUCAUGCAAAGUAUGAGACUUUAAUACGUAUAGCAGUUCUCAAAGCAGGUGGGCCCUUUCUGGAAAUUCUAUGGACAUUCACACACGUUGAAUACACGCAAUCUGUGUCCUUUAGUUUCUGGGUAUGCACGUGAGGUCCAUAAAUCCCCCAUGCAUCCGGUGCCGUUAAGAAAGAACACCUGCUCUCAAGCUGCAUCAUCCUGAUCCCAGGGCGCCGCUCUCAUGUAGCUCCCUCAUCUCUGAGGUUUUGUUUCCUAUGAACAAGCUAGGUCUUGGCAGUGGUUGGGGAGAAGAGAGCUCUGUAUGCAUUAGGAGCUGUUCAGAAAUCUCAGUCUGCAAUCAAUAUUUUAUUGUGUUUGAAGAUGAAAAGUGAGUGCUAGAUAUUUUGAAGUGUAAAAAGGGAAAUAGAGAACAUAUACAUAUAUUCUCUAUACAUAUGUUCUAUAUAUACAUACGAAGUGGAAAAAG